AUGGGGUGGCAGUCCUCCAGUCUCCGAUGCGAGGAAGCUGCGCAGACGCCGCCGACAGCCUCGGCGCCCUCGGCGCCCUCGGCGCCGCCCCCCUCGGCACCCAGUGCCCACGGGAAAUCUUUUUUUCCGGAUGCCGAGCAAGCGCUGCGUCUUCUGGCUCUGAGAGGUCCUGGAGUAGCUCCAGCCCCAGCUGCGAGCUCGAGUUCUACGCAAAGUGCUGAGAUCUGCUUGGAUGGCUUCAGCUUGGAGAGUAUGGAUUCUUCGGGGACUUUGGUGCUGGCAUCCUCUCCAUGGUCCUUGUUUCGGAGUCGCAGCUUUCAGCUCGUUAUCCGGAACCCCCGAAAUCCGGCAGUUGGUCUGCUGGUCUUCGUCAGCAGUGAUCAUUCUGAAGUGGCUGCAGCCGCGCAGACCAUUGUAGCACAACUGGGCCCAAGUGUGCAGAGUUUGGCCCAGCCCGGUGUGUAUGAGGUGCUGCAGAACAACCCUGCGCUGCUGCAGCAGCUGGUAGCCAGCCCUUCACGUGUGGCGACGGAGCUCUGCAUCCCCACAGCACCUUCAGAGGAGGUCCAUCCGGAGGAGGAGCAUGGAGAAUGCCCAAUCUGUUUGGAGGCGAUCCACCCCGGUGAAGCUGCGAUGCGCUGUGCCGGUCAGGGGGGCGUUCACCACUACUUCCAUGCCCACUGUCUGCAGUCUUGGGUUUCGUCAUGCCGACUAGGACGUGAGGCGACUUGCCCGGUGUGCAGAGGCCAGCUUCAGAUGAAUGGGCAGCGGCUGCAGGCUUUCCUAAAUGGCGAAGCGUCCGCUUCGCUCUCCGAGGACGACCGAACUUACCUGCAGAACAUUGCGGAUGGCCUGCGUGGGAAGAACCGAUGGCAAGAGAUGAACAAGCUCGAGAAGGCAGCCUACGCUGGGGGUAUUUUAGCCGCCGCUGGCUGGGGCUUCAUGCUAGGCUUCAACGAGCAAGAGCAUCGCGUGACCCGCUACUUGGCACUGGAUGUUCUUCCAGCAGAACAUCGAGUGGCACAGGGGGUCGGGUGGAUUGUCGGAGUGUUGGCAUGGUAUUUACGGAAGAACCUGCGCGAGAAGGAGGAGCAGCAGCGCAGGCGGGAAGACCGGAGAAGCUAG